CUAUCUUUCCAUCCGCGGUUUUCCAUUUAACGUCGUUUCGGAAGUAGAAGACUCUCAGUUGCCAAAAUGUUCAUAGUCAUAGUCUCCAUCCUCGCAGUGAGCCAACUAAUUGAUGCGCAUCAUGUUCCAUACCAACCGUUUGGAACGUAUGGGCCAGGGAGUCCAGGUGGAAACUUGCCUACCGUACCCAUGAACAAUCAAGGAAGCAACUAUGGCAAUAAUUAUCUACCCAAUAUGGUGAAUUACCCCAGCAACUAUGGCAACAAUUACCCGAUGCUACCAAACUUUCCCAGCUCUGACAACUAUUAUGACAGGCCGCUGGUUCAAAAUCCCAACGCUAUGCCUGAUAACUACUACCAAUCAAUGAACAGGGUUCCUGUCCAACCAGCCCAGCCCACCGGGCCCAGGUACUUCUUGGUAAGCAGGCCUUCCAGCCCCAACUAUGACAUGUACAACGGAGGCUUCACGGGAGGUAACGAGAAGACUUACGGAGGUUUAAACUACGGCAGUACAGGAGGCUUCUGUGGCUGCUAUGGAUGUCCUUCAUGCGUCUACCCUGCAACCAGGGUAUGCUUUAACACACCAAAUGGUCCAUAUCAAAAGGCAACAGGGGAUUUGACGCUUGAUCGUACUAGCGAUAGAUCUGGAUCUUGUUGUGCAAAUAAGUGCAAUAAUUUCCACUUACCUCAGCAAAGAUGUUGCCAAUGCUGUGAGGGUAAAGCCUUCUGAUUAAGUUAACAACACGAGAUUCUUCUUUUUUGUUAAUUGGUUUUCUAAGGCUAUCCAACCAUCCUCGUUGAUAACAGGAAAUUCAUUUUGCAGAUCAUGCAGUGUUUCCAAUGAUUCUGUGUUUUUUUAAUAAAAGAAAACUUUACAACAAUGUAAUUUGAAAAUGGUUUUUCCACUCAACGACCUUCUCCUCUUUUGAGAUAACCUUUUUUACUAAAUUUAUGUUAAAACAUUCAGUGCCAAGCUUGGUUAAUUAAAUUUAAAUCAUCAAUAAAGUAGUACUAAUCCUUUAUUUCUAAAUGCUCAAUCGAAUCUCUUACCUAUUUUGGGUUACAUGAAUGAUCUAAAUUAAUAAAAUCCUUCUACAAUCAUACAAUAAUACAUUCUGUGUGCGAUGACUCUCAUAUUUGCUUUUCCUUCCCACCUUCCUGACUUGCAAGAUGUAAUUGUAAGAAUUCAAAACGACUUAAACUCAAUCUGCUACUGAAAAUAGACUUGAACGUAGAAUAAACACAGGCUACUUUGCUAGAUCCAGCUCCCUCCUUCAUGACCUUUUAUCUCUGCAUUUAUUAUUAAUAAUCAUCCUAUUUUCUUCCGUCCCACCAUCACUUUUGGUCUCGAUCGGACCUUGCCCACGAAGCCCAAUAUCUCCCCGAUUUCCCAUUGCUACCCAUCGCAUUAAUUCCAUCGAGCCAGUCAACUUGUUCUAUUGGCUUUGACCUCUACAUUGUUUCAACAAGACUUAAGGAUAACAAUAUCAGAAGUCAUAAAGUAACAUGUUCUGCACCAUCAAAAAAGGAAGCAUUCUUGCAUACAAAGUUAAUUGAAUAUCUCCAUCACCUCUUGAAAAUUAUGUUACCUAUGCUCGAUCCAUACUAAAGUUUGUAGGUUUGGAGCCCGUACUUACAAAAAGACAUUGAACUUAUAGAAAAAGUACAAAAACAUUAAACCAAAACCUCUAAGAAAUUAAUCCAUAGCUAAGUCUCAACAAAUCUUUAAGAUCUGUCACCCUCACUUUUUGAGGAUGUCACUGUUUGUGUAAUGGGGCGCAUUGGAAUGCUGGGUGGGGGAUGGUCGAAGGAGGGGAGAUGUUGGACUGGAGCUGGAGAAGAGAGGUCAGGUGUGUUCCAGACUCGUCAACGUUUGCUUAAGCGUAAAAUACCUUAAUUGAGUUACCACAGGGUGAGUUGGGCGAUUACACUGUAACGUGGUUGUAGACUGGAAUUAGGGAACGUCUUGGUUUCAUUUGUAAUAACUUUGGUUUAAAUUGUAUAUAUAUAUUUAUGUCUUGUAAAUACAUUAUGUUUUAGUUGGUUUAUUUUA